AUGGAGCUGAAAUGCCUUCCUACGACUGGCGGCACUGAUCGGGACACCUUUGGCUCAGCGGCUGCCCACUCGUUGCCAUCGUUGCCACGCCCGCCAUCCUACUCCAUCUUGCGCUCGCAGAUCGUCGCUAAUGGAAUCUCACGGAAGCGCAGCCUCAGCGGCGAGUCGCUCCCGUCGGAGUACGGUGGGCCGCCGCCUCGCGUUGCAUUUGCAGCGCAUCACGUGUCGCUCUCACCGCUCCCCUCUUUUUCUUCCUCACCACCAGCAAAGCGCCUUAGGCGUGAAUCACUGAGCCCCACCUCAGUGGGAGAAGUCUCUGAUGCCAAGAAGAUGCCUCCUGCCAAGUCGACAAUAACAACGACUCCUGGUGCUGCUCAAAUGCAGUCGAUCCUUCGUGGGCUACAGCAUUUAUCCUCGUGCAGUGCCAGCGGGUGCUCCAAUCCACUGUGUGUUUCCACACGCACAUUCGUGAGUAAGGUGAGAGCUCACCGCUCGAAUAUGACGGGUAAGACAAGUCACGACGUGAGCAGGUGCGGCGCGUGUAAGCUCUGGGGUGUGAUUGUGCGGGCUCAUGCACCUACAUGUUCGGAGGGUGCACUAUGUCGUGUUCCUGGCUGCUCUUCCCAGUAG